ACUGAUCAUCCAGGAAAUACUGAAGUGGGACUCUUGCUUACCCAAGGACCACUUCCACAUUGUAUUUGUUCUUCUGGGACUGUAACAUUCCCAAUUGUUUCCCCUUCAGGCUGACGGACUUCAAGGAUGCAGCUGUUGCUACUGGAGUUGUGUGACACCUUGCCUGAGCCGGGCUAUGAGGCCAUGUGGCCAUGAUGUGGGCCCCUCAUGGCCUCAGCAGGAACAGAGCACUACAGUAUUGGCCAGGGAAACAGCUUUAAACAGAGUGGCACCUUGGGCACAGUGCCUGCCCCACCACCCAAGAAAACCUCUGAGGGCCAAGCCUGGUCUCAGGUUCAUCAGCAGGUGAAGCCAGUCUGGAAGCUGGAGAAGAGGCAAGCAGAGACCCUUUCAGCACGGUUGGACCCACGCCUCUUGCGUGUCCCCCCCCAGCCAGCAUAUUUCUUUUGCCCCAGCACUUCCUGUAGCUCUGGGCCCGCAGCUGCCCUUGCAGGCCACAGCAACGCCUGUUACCUGCCUCCUCUCCCGGACCUGUUAAGCAGUUCCCUGCUGUGCUGCCACCCCAACUAUAGGCACAAAACAUACCAGCCGCUGGAGUCUCUCUGCUUGUGUUCAAGCCCAUCAGAAAAAAACAAACCUUUUUAUCUCCCUCAAAAGAGCCUCCCUGUCAGACUCACUGCCAAUCAGGCCACUCCCACGGUCUCCCCCAUGGCCCAGCCCGGGGUGUCCUCAUCUACAGAUCUGUACCUCUCCCUGGGAGCAGCUGGGGAGAACCCCUCAGGGAAGAGGCUGGCCUCUGCCGUCUCAGGGAAUAUCCCAUUUCCGCUCUCCUCCCCUUCCUCCUCCUACAAGGCCAUGCUAAAUAACAACUCCAUGCAGCCAAACAGCACUAAAGUGCCUUUAUCACAGGCCACAGAGGGCCUGAAGCCAGUAUCCUCCCCCAAGAUCCAGCUUGUCUCCUGGCAUCAUUCAGGGGGCACUGGAGACUGUGCAUUCCAGCCAAUCGAACACAAGGUACCCAAGAGCAAUGGCCUUGUCCUACAUGGUGCCCUUGCACAUAGCACCCUAUCUACCCCUAGCUCCUUAGACACUUCCACCACCAGUGUUGCCUCCCCGCAGUACAACCAGAGUAACUUAGCCAUGCAGAUAAAGCCACAUCCCUGUGGCCUGGAUGGUGACUCCGUUUCUCAGGCUCUGACCAAGGAGGUUCAAUUCACUGAGGCCGUGAGGAAGUUGACUGCAAGAGGCUUUGAGAAGCCGAGGCAAGGCUCCCAAUUUGAACAGUCUUGUUUUGUGAGCCCCAGAAUGCAGUGGGAUCUCCUCAACAGGCACAGGCGGUGGAAACCCCCUGUGGUAGGCCAGCAGUUCCCUCAGGAUGCUGCUGGGGCAGACAGUAGGACCCUCCCUGGAGCCUCGGACACCUUGGAGGUGGACAGUACAGUCUUUUGCACCAAACGCAUCAGCAUUCACCUCCUUGCCUCACACAACAGUGGGCUCAGCCACAGCCCUGCCUGUGGACCUGUGAUCGACUCCCUGCCACCUGGAGAAGACAAAACUCCAGCUCUGCCUUCUCCCCCUCAGCCCUUUGGCUUAGCUGAUGUGGCCACUGGCCUCUCCUCCAUCCAUCUUGGGAAGGAGGGGCCUGAAGAAGCCAGGGAGCUGGACUCACCUGCUAAGGAUACUGGUUCAGCUACUGACCUCCAGCUAGACCAGGUUGAGGCUGAAGAUGUAGAAGAGCUGGUAGAUGGUUUGGAAGACUGCUGCAGCCAUGAUGAGAAUGAAGAGGAGGAGGGAGACUCAGAGUGCCCCUCAUUCAAUGCUGUCUCUCCCAGCGAGUCGAUAGCAGUGAUCUCUCGGGGCUGCAUGGAGGCUCUGACCAAACCUCUUUCCAAUGAGAAAGUUGUCCGACCAGCCCUCGUCUACAGUCUCUUUCCCAACGUGCCUCCUACCAUCUAUUUUGGCACUCGGGAUGAGAAAGUGGAGAAACUUCCCUGGGAGCAGAGGAAGCUGCUCCGGUGGAAGAUGAGUACAGUGACCCCCAAUAUUGUCAAGCAGACCGUUGGACGGUCCCACUUCAAAAUCAGCAAGAAAAAUGAUGACUGGCUGGGCUGCUGGGGUCACCACAUGAAGUCUCCUAGUUUCCGAUCCAUUCGGGAGCAUCAGAAGCUAAACCACUUCCCAGGUUCAUUCCAAAUUGGGCGAAAGGACCGGCUGUGGCGGAACCUAUCCCGCAUGCAGAGCCGCUUUGGCAAGAAGGAGUUCAGUUUCUUCCCCCAGUCCUUUAUCCUGCCCCAGGAUGCCAAGCUCCUGCGCAAAGCCUGGGAGAGCAGCAGCCGCCAGAAGUGGAUUGUUAAACCACCAGCAUCAGCUCGAGGCAUUGGCAUCCAGGUCAUUUAUAAGUGGAGUCAGCUCCCUAAGCGAAGGCCCCUUCUGGUGCAGAGGUAUCUGCACAAACCCUACCUCAUCAGUGGCAGCAAAUUUGAUCUGCGAAUCUAUGUUUACGUCACCUCCUAUGAUCCCCUACGGAUUUACCUCUUUUCAGAUGGACUCGUCCGCUUUGCCAGUUGCAAGUAUUCCCCUUCCAUGAAGAGCCUUGGUAACAAGUUCAUGCACCUGACCAACUACAGUGUCAAUAAAAAGAAUGCUGAGUACCAGGCUAAUGCAGAUGAAACGGCCUGCCAAGGCCACAAAUGGGCACUGAAGGCUUUAUGGAAUUACCUGAACCAGAAGGGAGUCAACAGUGAUGCCAUCUGGGAGAAGAUAAAGGAUGCUGUUGUCAAAACCAUCAUCUCGUCAGAACCCUACGUGACCAGCCUGCUGAAGAUGUACGUGCAGCGGCCCUAUAGCUGCCAUGAGCUCUUUGGUUUUGACAUCAUGCUGGAUGAGAACCUUAAGCCCUGGGUCCUGGAGGUCAACAUUUCCCCGAGCCUCCACUCCAACUCUCCGUUGGACGUCAGCAUCAAAGGCCAGAUGAUCCGGGACCUUCUGAACCUGGCAGGCUUUGUUCUUCCCAACACAGAGGAUAUUUCCAGCUCUAGCAGCUCCAGCAGCUCCACCACGAGCCUGCCCAGCUCCCCCAGUGACAAGUGUCAAAUGUCCCCGGAGCAAUACACUGCACAGAAGUUGAAGAAAGCCUAUUACCUGACCCAGAAAAUUCCUGACCAGGACUUCUAUGCAUCUGUGCUGGAUGUCCUGACACCAGAUGAUGUUCGUGUUCUGGUUGAGAUGGAGGACGAGUUUUCUCGCCGGGGUCAAUUUGAACGAAUUUUUCCUUCUCGAAUCUCUUCUCGCUAUCUCCGCUUUUUUGAGCAGCCACGAUAUUUCAACAUUCUCACCACCCAGUGGGAACUGAAGUACCAUGGCAACAAGCUCAAAGGAGUAGAUCUGCUUCGGAGUUGGUGCUACAAAGGGUUCCACACAGGAGCCAUCUCUGAUUCUGCUCCAGUGUGGUCUCUCCCGACAUCACUUCUGACUGUCCCAAAGGGUGAGGUGACGCUUAGUACUUCCUCCAAAUUGGAGACUAGCAAGCUGGGGAAACCCUUUUCCUCAAAAGACAGUGAGGACACCGGCAACGAGCCCAGCCUCUCCAUGCAGAUGUUACCUGUGAACAAGUACUCUGGGCAGACUUCGAGAGUCGCUGCUUCCUCCACCUCCCAGUCAACCGCUGACUCCCUCCUGGCUGCUGUGAACCCAUGACUGGCCUGUUUCCACUGCCCAGGAGCACCAGCGUAGCUACCUCAUGGGAACUGGCUGGCCGGCCGGCCAGCUGGAGCCCCUUCCCCCUCCACCUUGCCCCUCUUCAGAGUAUUUUUUUGAAGUGGUGAAAUUACAGAGAUGGGUUAUCUGGAGGGUUGGUGGGGUGGUGAGGACAGGAGAAGUUGAAGGUUCACUGGCUGGUACCUCAUAUCUCAGCAGAGAAGCCAAUGAUGGCCACUCGGCCUUAUAAAGCAGGGUUUGGUUUCUACCUUCAGAGAGCCGUGUGUGGUUUGUUUUAGGCCUUGGUGCAGUGAUUGACUAGAGUUCAAGAGGAGAAAACAUAGUGACUAUGUUGGGCCUGAAGUCCUUUGUAACUGAGGAGGUUCCUCUGAAGGUUCUCAUUUCUUCAGGUCUCUUCCCUCCCUCUCUGACCAGAGGAGCCACUUUCAGAAACCGUCAAACUUCCUCAGCAGACAGCCUGGGAGAGGCCAUGACAUGUUGAAUCCAUGUCCUGUUGUGAUAGUCUUGGGAGCUUCACCACCACUAGACCAUUUGUCUUUUCAUAUGUCUACCCAGCCAGUAGCCCUGGGUCUUUCUGUCCUGACUACAUAUAUCACAAUUGGUCAGCCUUCUAUCCUUCUCAAUCAUGGAUGUUACCACUUCAACUCUUGGCUUUCUGAGGGUGAGAGGUUCUGGGAACUUGUGAAUUUCCUAUGGCCCCAGUGAAGGAGCCUAAGUAAUCCCAAUUGCUGUUGUCUGUCCAUAUCCUGGAGGAGAGUGGAAGGAGCUGUGAUUUCCCCACAACCCAAAGGCUCAUGUUCUGUUUACUCCCUUCACUGUCUCUGAUCAGUGGGCUCUGGCUCACAGGUCACUAGGACAAGCAGAGUCAGGUGGCCUGGCAGAUGGGUUUCAGGAGCAGUCACCCUUGUAGGAUGGCUUCCAGUGGGACCACUGACUAAACUCUUGUACUCUUAUCUGAAUCUACCUCCUUCCCCAAGACUCAGUAAAACAGUGACUGUUCGAUAAA